CUUCCACGCCCUCUAAAUGUCAGUUUAUGUAAGCAACAGUUGGGUAAGUGACUGGAAUGUAAAGGGCCAUUAUCAAGAUGGUGUUUAAACGACUGUGGAAGGUAGCAAAAUAUGGAGGACUGUUAGGAGCUGUGGGUACAACAGGCUAUCUCCUGCAGAAGAAUGACUGGGAUAUGUCAACCAUAGGUGUGGUCCGAUUUGGUCGAGCAGCAUGGGCAGCAGUGAGGCUUGUUGCAGAUUACAAGAUUAACCUCCGAGGCGUGGAUUAUGAUUCUCCAGAGUAUCAAAAACUAAAAUCUGAGAUUCACUUGCGGUCAGCAUUGCAAUUGAGAGAUAUGUGCUGUUUGAAUGGCGGAGCUUUUAUCAAGGUAGGACAGCAUGUUGGGUCCUUGGAGUACUUGCUUCCAAAGGAAUAUGUGGAGACUAUGAAGGUUUUGCAUAAUAAAGCACCACAGUCCAACGUAGAUGAACUGAAAGGUGUUUUUGAGGAAGAUUUGAAAAUGAAGGUGGAAGAUGUUUUUGAUAGUUUUGAGAAGGAGCCACUUGGAGCUGCCUCGCUGGCCCAGGUUCACAAGGCAACACUCAAAGAUGGAACAGUGGUGGCUGUCAAAAUACAACACCCGCAAGUCAAAAGCCAUUCCUUUGUGGAUAUAAAAACUAUGGAGCUUUUGGUUCACUGCAUUGCCUGGGUUUUCCCUGGUUUCCAGUACAUGUGGCUUGCUGAAGAAACAAAGAGGAAUCUUCCGCUAGAGCUUGACUUUCUCCAUGAGGGAAGAAACUGUGAGAGGGUUGAGAGACUUUUUAAACACUUUAGCUUCCUGAAAGUUCCCAAGAUUCAUUGGGAUCUGUCCUCGGAGAGGGUGCUGACUAUGGAAUUCUGUGAGGGAGGAAAAGUGGAUGACAAGGCGUAUAUGGAGAAACAUGGAAUAAAUGUCAAUGAGGUCACAAAGAACUUGGGGAAGCUGUACAGCGAGAUGAUAUUUGUCCAGGGCUAUGUUCAUUGUGACCCCCAUCCCGGCAAUGUCCUGGUCAACAAAACUGAGGAGGGAACUCAAAUAGUCCUUCUGGAUCAUGGAUUGUAUCAGUCAUUGACAGAUACAUUCCGUGUCAGCUACAGUAAGCUGUGGAUGUCUCUUAUCAAUGCAGACCUAGAGGGCAUUAAAAAGUAUGCCACAGAGCUGAACUGUGGCGACAUGUAUGGACUGUUUGCAUGCAUGAUAACGGCUCGCUCAUGGAAUGCUAUCACCAGUGGAAUAGACAAGACAGAGAUUACACAAUCUGAGAGUAAUGAAAUCAAAGACAAUGCUGCCAACUACCUAAUACAAAUAUCUGAAAUACUCAACAAGAUUCCUAGAGAAAUGCUUCUUAUUCUCAAGACCAAUGAUGUUCUACGUGGGAUCGAGUAUGCAUUGAACAUUCAACCAAAUGCCACAUCUUUCCUCAACAUGUCAAGGUGCUGUGUUCGCGCGGUUGGAGAGGACCAAUACAGACAGUGUCAUUCCUGGACCAAUCGAAUAAGAGUUCAGUUUGCUACCUCAUGGCAGCUAUUUAAAAUCAGUGUCUAUGAAUUUUGUUUGUGGAUACAGCUGAUGUACUCUUGGUUGUUCAUGUACAAGUUACCAAGUUGAUGAUAACCAAGUUUAGUUUACUUUUGAUGCAGUGAAACCAGUCUAUAUUCAUGUGCUUUUAGAAGGAAUUCAGAAUGGUCAGAUUGCUGGAUGUGACGAUGUUAAAAUUAAUGAAAAACAUGUAAUUCUAAUAAAUUAUAGAAAUCAGAAUUGUUUUUAGAAUGGCCGGAUACUUAGAAGAGAAUGUAGAUGCAGACAGGUUUCACUGUAUCAUUAUCAAUAUAGAUUUAUUAAAUUAUAUUUUCAAGGGUAUUAUGAUUAAUAUUUUAACUCUGCUGCAUGAGAAUUAAAGACCCUUUAUUCUUAAGUGAAAAUAUGAACACCCAGUUUGUUUCUGAUGGGUGAUCAUUAGUAGCGGUAAUUGUCAUUACCCUCAGACUGAAUUGUGCUCAUUGACAAUUAAUGUACAUCAAAUUAAACUACUGGCAAGUACCUUUUCUAGAUUUUUUAAAGGAGUAAAUUACUUGGUAAUGCAUGGAAAUAUGGUUGCUUGAUUUUGAUAUUAGUAUGGCUAAAAUCUUCGUUUGUCAUAAUUUUGAAGCUGUCAAAGGAGUUCUCUUUUUUCCACGUACAACAUUAUUAAAAACACUACUGAAUUUUUAUGAUCUUUUGCCAUAAAAACUACAUGUUUUAUCAUGAAAUGUCAAUAAAUUAAUGAACUAUGAAUUACUUCAUUCUGUUGAAUUGUUGUUGUUU